CGAGAAUGUUUGAAUUAACCAGCACGUAUAAAUCACUGACUGAACGCCCGCCGGAGUUAACCGUAGUUAACCGGCGCAAUGGUUUGUCUUGGAAAAACUAAACAAAAUUGUUCAAAUGGUUACCGAAAUUUAUAAGAGUACUCAUGACCAGGCUCUAUACCCAGUAAGAUCCGUAGAAGCGUCCGAAAAUCAUUAGUUCUGUUAGUAAUACCCAUUAAAAAGAUAGCAUAACUGCCGCGGUGGAGAAGAACGGCGGAGAAAGACUAUUAGUGUAUGCAGGGACUUUUGAAACUAGUAUAAAAGAACCGGAAAUACUCCCAAUUAUCCUUACUAUUCAAGUUACAAACAAAUAAAUGAAGAUAUUUGUUACUGGAGGUUCAGGCUUCAUUGGAAGUAAAGUAGUGGAAAUUUUAAUUUCUAAGGGUCAUUCCGUGAUUGGUUUAGCUAGAUCAGACGCAUCAGCUGAGAAAUUGGAGGCUGCUGGAGCUGAAGUGGUGAGAGGCGAAUUAACUGAAAUUGACUUGUUGAUAAAAACUGCCGCUGAGGCAGAUGGAACUAUCCACUUAGGAUUUCUCCAUGACUUUACCAGGUUUGCUUACUGUAUGGAAAUGGAUCAAAAGAUUGUAACCGCCAUAUGCGAAUCUUACAAAGGCACCAACAAGUUUUUCAUCAACUCCACUGGUACCUUGGGCUUACAGGGCCCCGAUCUCACGGAUGAAGACUCACCAGUUCCACCUCCAUUACUUCCCGGUUUCUCAAUAAGAGGUGAAACCGAAAAAAAAUUGUUGGCCUAUGCUAAGGAAGGAGUCAGAGUGGUGUCGAUAAGACUUUCACCAACUGUUCACGAUGUAGACUGCAAAGGGUUGAUUCCAAGCUUCUACGGAAUGUUCAAAAAAGCGGGAGCUGCGUACUACCCAGACGCUGGUGACAAUGUGUGGCCAUUUGUUCACAGAGAUGAUGCUGCCGAGUUAUACACAUUGGCUGUUGACAAGGCUGCAGCUGGUACUGUGUUGCACGCAAUUGCAGAACCAGGAGUCUCAACUAAAGAAAUCGCAGAAGCAAUGGCCAAGAAAGGUGGGCUUGAGGCCAAAUCUAUUCCAAAGGCCCAGCUUUUUGAGAUACUUGGUCCAUUGUUCGGUGCUCUUUAUUCUGCGAACAAUCAUGUUUCUAGUGAAAAGACAAAGAAACUCACUGGCUGGGUCCCAACUGGGGCUACGUUCCUCGAGGACUUUGCUGCCAGCACCACUUACUAGCUUAUAUUGUAGAUUGAGCCUUAACCAAUAUAUGACUUUUGAAUAUGCGAAUCUGGAAACCAUAACCACAAGCUCGACUUCUAUCACCUCAGUACACCACACAAAUGAUCUCAGACAUCUUCUCAAAGCCAAAGAGUCGCAUCAUGUCAACUGCAAGGAUCUUUUCUGUUUCAGUCAAACUGUUGAAAGACAACAGAUACCUCCUGGUCAUUUGUGUUAUAUCAAUAAACGAAAACACCCGCUCGCUGGUCCUGGCUGGAUUUUGAAGGAUCUGUUGUAGCUG